AUGUUUCGUAUCCCCGCUACCGCUCCAUUGAAUUUCACGUGCCUCCCUGAAGGAACACAGCAAGAUGGCUUUCCUUCAGCUAACUGCGGCCGAUCUACCUCAGCUAUUAUCACCUGCCGUAACGCAUGUGAUACUGUCCCUAAUUGCGAGGAUGAACGUCCUGGCAAUUCCACUGAGAUGUCUUAA